AUGUCAAAGUCAUCCUUACUUUCAGUGUUGCUAAUAGCCCAUUGCAGUGUAGCUACCAGUGAUCUUCCUAAAGACAUAUUUGUCUUAGCAGGACAGAGCAACAUGGCCGGUCGAGGAGGCGUCAGUUCCGGCAAAUGGAGCGGUGACGUCCCACCGGAGUGCAAGCCCGACCCAUCCAUUCUUCGACUGAGUGCUAAACUAUCUUGGGAAGUAGCACAUGAACCACUGCAUUCAGACAUUGAUGUAGGGAAGACUUGUGGUGUUGGACCAGGGAUGGCAUUUGCUAAUGAAGUAAGACUACGAGCCAAUGAGUCGAGAGUUGGUGUGGUGGGUUUGGUCCCUUGUGCUAUUGGUGGGACCAAAAUUACCGAGUGGGGAAAAGGGACUCUAUUGUACCGUGAAUUGGUGAGACGAGCCAAUGUAUCUGUGAGUGAAGGGGGAAUAAUUCGAGCGAUUUUGUGGUAUCAGGGUGAGAGUGAUACAGUGAGGAAAGAAGACGCUGAAGCAUAUGCAGGCAAUAUGAAGAAUUUUAUCAUGGAUUUACGUUCUGAUCUUAAUAACCCAUCUCUUCUCAUUAUCCAGGUAGCCAUUGCAUCAGGAGAAGGCAAAUAUGUAGAUACCGUGAGAAAAGCUCAGCAGGGAAUUAAUAUACCUCUUGUUAAAUGUGUAGACGCCAAGGGGUUGCGCCUUAAGGACGAUCACCUUCACCUUACUACAAUAUCUGAGGUUCACUUGGGGAUCAAAUUGGCUCAUGCCUAUCUCACUACACUCAAGUAA